AUGCUUGUGCAACCAGUCAAUGCACACGCUUUAUCCAGAAAAAUCCAGCUGCAGACAAACCAGAAGAUCAGGAUUGAGGAGGAAUACGCCAAAAACCUGUCGAAGCUCUCGCAGAUCCCGCUGGCGGCGCAGGAGGAAGGGAUCAGGAUUGAGGAGGAAUACGCCAAAAACCUGUCGAAGCUCUCGCAGAUCCCGCUGGCGGCGCAGGAGGAAGGCACGCUUGGCUCAGCUUGGGCUCAGCUGAAGAAAAGCCUGGCAGAUGAAGCAGAAGUUCAUCUCAAGUUCUCCUCCAAGCUUCAGAGUGAGGUGGAAAAGCCUCUGCUGAUAUUUCGGGAAAACUUCAAGAAGGACAUGAAGAAGUUCGACCAUCACAUGUCGGAUCUCAGGAAGCAGCUGGCGAGCCGAUCCGCCGCCGUGGAGAAGGCACGGAAAGCGCUCGCCGAUCGACAGAAGGAUCUGGAGUUAAAAACCCAGCAUCUGGAGAUCAAACUGAGCAGUAAGAUCGAGGAGGACAUCAAGAAGGCGCGCAGAAAAUCCACGCAGGCCGGCGAUGACCUGAUGCGAUGUGUUGACCUCUACAAUCAGUCCCAGUCCAAGUGGUUUGAGGAGAUGGUGACCAGCAGUCUGGAGCUGGAGCGUCUGGAGGUGGAGCGUGUGGAGAUGAUCAGGCAGCACUUGUGUCAGUACACCACACUACGACACGAGACGGACAUGUUCAACCAAAGCACCAUAGAGCCGGUGGACAAACUGCUGCGGAGCGUCGACCCCGCCAGAGACCGAGAGCUGUGGGUCAGAGAGCACAAGACGGGCGAGCUGAGACCGGUGGACAUGGACAUCUGACUCCAUCAGACUGUAGCCUGUCGUCCUACUGAGGGUUUGAUCUCUCUAAAACCUUCUGAAGCCUAAACCAGCGGAGAACGAUCAGGACUCAAACCGAGCAGAAGCUUGAGAAAGAGCCGAGCUUAUACGCCCUUCCCACUAACAGUAGCACACAAGUGGCAAAUUUUGAGAGGAAAAGGCAAAGACUGAAUAUCUGCAGGAUUUCACUCACGAGAACAGAUGUGUUUGUCAUCUACUGAUGCAAUCAUGCCAUUAGGAUUCAGCACUGAUUGAACUGAGUUCAUACAUGUGAAAUCGUACUAAUAUAUACUGUAAAUGCUGCUGCUGCUGCAUCAACUAUUACAGCUGAUUUCAGUUCUGACUAAUCAAAGCUCUCGCUUCCCUUAAAGGGACAGUUCACACAAAAAUGAUCAUUUGCGCCACCUUCAUGUUCCAAACAUGUACGAGUUUCUUUCUUUUGUUGAGCACAAAAGAAGAUAUUUUGAAGAAUGCUGGUAACCAAAC